AUGAAACAACUCCGUCUCUUGAACCUCUAUCAAUCUCUCCAGUUUUGCAGUAUUCAGAAGCAUUUCACUUCCAAGAGCUUGCUUUGUUCUCUAACUGUGAAACCAAUGGGGUCUAAAAGACUGAAAACACCCUUUUCAAAUUCAUCACAUCCCAUUUCAUCAUUUCUUCAGUCUAACAAGGAUAUGAACCACAAAGUGUUGGAAUCAAGCCCAAUCUCCAUUUCUAACCAUCAUAUUCUUAAGGAAAAUGAUGUUCAUAGCUAUUCCAUUGAGAUUGAAAGAUUAAGAAAUCACCCGGCUAUUGCAGACACCAUGACUGUUCCCCAACUCCGAAAGACAUUAAAGAGUAUAGGUGUUCCUGCUAAAGGUCGUAAAGAGGAUCUUUUGUCUGCCUUGAAGACUUUCAUGGACGAUAAUAUGUGUGAACAAGAUUCUCAAAUUACAGACAAACAAGAGCUGUUUGUUUCUUCUGAAAAUACAUCUUUAGAAAUGAAAGCUAAAAUGCUAUCGGAUGAAGAGCCCGUGGAUGAUGUUAAUGAUACUCCAGAGACAGUUGAACUUAACCAGGGUAAGAGAAGGUUAAAACAAUCAGAACCCGAAAGCAAAAUUGUCAAAGCAACAACCAAAAAGAAGUUGUUGGUUAAAUCAGUCGAGGUUUCAGAUUUUAAGUCUUCCAGGGCAAAGAGAAAAGUAUCUUCAGAUGUUGUUAGUGUUGUAGCACAGUCAGAUGAGAUCAGUACAGCAACCACUAUUCAAACUGAAACAUGGACUGUUCUUGCUCACAAGAAACCUCAAAAGGAUUGGAUUGCAUAUAAUCCUAGAACUAUGAGACCCCCACCUCUUUCUCGGGAUACAAAAUUUGUCAAGCUUUUGUCUUGGAAUGUAAAUGGAUUGAGAGCAUUGCUAAAAUUAGAGGGAUUCUCGGCACUUCAACUUGCCCAAAGGGAAGACUUUGAUGUAUUGUGCUUGCAAGAGACUAAACUGCAGGAGAAGGAUAUCGAGGAAAUAAAACAGCGACUGCUAGAUGGCUAUGAGAACAGCUUUUGGACAUGUAGUGUUUCUAAGCUUGGUUAUUCUGGAACAGCAAUAAUCUCAAGGGUAAAGCCUCUUUCAGUUAGAUAUGGCCUAGGUAUAUUGGAUCAUGAUAGUGAGGGUAGACUUGUGACCGUAGAGUUUGAUACAUUUUAUCUGAUAACCGGAUAUGUGCCUAAUUCUGGAGAUGGCUUGAAAAGACUGUCUUACAGAGUGACUGAAUGGGAUCCAGCUCUCAGCAAUUAUUUGAAAGAGCUGGAAAAGUCAAAACCUGUAGUUUUGACUGGUGAUCUGAAUUGUGCUCAUGAAGAGAUAGACAUAUACAACCCUGCUGGAAACAAAAGAAGUGCUGGGUUCACAGAUGAAGAGAGGAAAUCAUUUGAAACAAACUUGUUGUCAAAGGGAUUUGUAGAUACCUUUAGAAGGCAGCAUCCUGGUGUCGUUGGAUAUACUUAUUGGGGCUAUCGGCAUGGUGCCCGUAAGUUUAACAGAGGAUGGCGUCUUGAUUAUUUCCUCAUCUCAGAAUCCAUAGCAGACAAAGUUCACGACUCCUACAUUCUCCCUGAUGUCAUUGGCAGCGAUCAUUGUCCAAUCGGCCUCGUUCUGAAGCUUUGA